AUGCCAACCAAAUCCAGCAAGACAGUAGCAGAGACUUCAUGGGAUACUGGACUCCAUCCGGAGGAUCAAUGGGGGUACUGGAUAACCCAAGUCGAAUCUAUGGCCACAAUGUUGAAUGUGUGGCAUUACAUGGACCCCAACCUGCCUGAAGAUCAAGUCUGCCCAGCACCUGUGGCCUCCCGAGAGACCUACCUUCAUCCCAGUGAAAUUAAUCCUGAAGCGACCAACUCGUUGCAACUCUCUAAGGAGGACCACGAGCUAUACCGCCGAAUAGUGUCGCAAUUUAACGGCGAAUGGAGCUGGGCCGAGCAUGUCCGCUCAAAAAUUAACGAGGUGAAUAAUUUCAUUAUUGCCAACAUGUUCCCUGAAUACCGUUAUAUUCUCCUGGACAAGACACCAUAUGAGAAGUUAGUGUUUUUGAAGCAGCGGUUUGAACCUAUAGUACGAAGACCGAAAGGGGCCACUACCUACAGAAUAGAGGAUAGUCCCCGCCAACGCGUACGUAACGCCUGGAGAGAUCUUGUUAGGCGCCCAAUUGGCAAGACUUCCAUCAACAAAUGGCUCGCCACUUGGUCCAAACUCUAUGAGGAAGGAAAAGCCAUGCAAAUCCCUGAGAUUGCUUACAAAAGUGAUGAGUACCCUCAAGAUCGAGACGCGAUUUACGACUUCCUUCACGCUGUUCAACCCUUUGAUGAGAUAUUUGCAGUCCUGUGGAGGGAGAAAAUUGAAGAUCCGAACUUUGCGAUAUCAUUCCAUGACGUGCUGGCGGCCUUUCGAAACCACCGAAACGUCAAAGGAGCUGCUAAGUCACAACUUGCGAGCAGCGCCGCAUGGCGGCCAUCCUGA